AUGGCGAAGCUCGUCCGCUGGGGCGAGCAAGAGGUCGUGCUCAAGAAGGGCGCGGGGGGCGCCCCCCUGCCCCUGGGCCUGUGCAGAGAGCCGGCAGCCAUGCUCAUCUCGUACGCGGGCGCGACCACGCUGGAGCAGGCCCUGCGCGCCGGCAGCUGGAGCGAGGCCAAGGCGGUAGCCGUCGCCGUGAGCGUGUGCCGCCGUGUGGAGGAGAUCCACGCCAAGGGCCUGAUCCACAACGACCUCAAGGCCGACAACGUCAUGCUGCACAAGGCCCUCGACGUCUCCGUCAUCGACCUCGGCGCGGCCACGCCCGAGGGCGGCGUCGUUGGCUACGAAAUCGACAGCAGCUUCAGGGGCGAGUAUUUGGCGCCGGAGCUUCUAAGCGGAGGAGCCAGCAGCCGCGCCUCCGACGCCUUCGCCGUCGGCUUCCUCCUUCGCCAAAUCCGGGACGCCAUGAAGAGGCCCUCCAAGAAAGCCAAGGCCUCCAGAGGGGCGCAGGAGAAGCUCACCAGCGCCAUCGAGGGGGCGCAGCGCACGGAGCCAGAGCUGCGCUUCACCCUCAGCGAGAUCGUGGCGCUGCUGAAGCCGCCCGCGAGGGGCGCGUCUUCGCAGUGA